CACUGCUAUAAGAUCGCCGGAACAACCGCCUCAAACUCUAUUAUAUGCGUGAUACUUUGCCGCAUCCCUCUGACGUAUCUCAUGAUACCCCAUAUAGUAGUCACUCCCUAGCCAGAUAAUGUUCUCCGGGCUCACAAAACCGGUGGAAGCCACGCCAUGUCAGCCAACAGAACCUGCUUGCCCAGUCUGCCAUUUACUGGUCCUGGAAUAUGAUACAGCAAUUCGAGGUUUGACUAUAUCUAUAGCUGAGCUCAAGAAAUCAUCCAACGCUACUCCAUGUCACACUUGUGCUCUUCUAUGGGAGGCAAUUAGCACUGCUGUGAAAGAAGAAACAACUAUGCCAGAUGUUCUAUAUGAAUCAGUACUUGUUGAAAGCAAGCCACCAAAGCAUCCAGGGCCCAUGGUUGUCCACCUUUACCCUGAUCCCGUUGCACAUUCUGUUAGCGAAAAGACGUUUCAGCUAUAUACAACUGAUGAUGACGUCUCUCUACCCUGGGACUUGAUCGGUCGGGGCUAUCAUAUACCAGAAUACGGGUUAGCUCCAAGUUGUGUAUCUUUGGCGCGCGAAUGGCUUGACGCAUGUGGCCACGCCGGAGGAAAACACGCCAACUGUACCAAGACCACUAUUUCAACACUACCAACACGGGUUAUAUCGGUCGGAAACGACAAGGUAUCUCCCAGGCUCGUAAUUACUGAGCCCAAUCAGCAAGCCCACUAUGCGGCUCUGAGCCACUGCUGGGGAGGGAAAACGCCUACAAUGACCACUUUAUCCAAUCUAGAAACGUACACUGUUUCGCUCCCUGAAGAUCUUCCACAAACGUUUCAAGAUGCUUUGAACGUGGCCCGGGCAUUGGAAAUCCCCUACAUAUGGAUUGACUCCUUAUGUAUUGUUCAGGAUUCUCCAGAGGACUGGAAGCACGAAGCCUCGCUGAUGGCUCAGGUAUAUGCCAACGCCCAUGUGACCAUUUUUGCCGAUGCCGCACCAGACAGUACAUCCGGCUUCCUGUCGCCACCAUUCCGAAAGGCCCCGCAAAGGUUCGUUGUGCAAUGCAAAAAUGACCAGUCCAGCUCGAGUGGCGUACAUAUCCGAGAGCGUGGGUUCUUAGCCCAGCAACUUCCGUUUCAUUCAUGGAGUAGAAGAAGUGGCUUAGGUCAAAGCAAGCUAUCAACGAGAGGUUGGGUUUUCCAGGAACGCUUACUGUCACCGCGAACCCUCCACUUUUCGCAGAAUGAAAUGGCUUGGGAAUGCAGAUCUGUGUGUGAGUGCGAAUGCUCAGCGACAUCUCUGAGGACUCUCCGCACUACCAGCGUGAUGAAGCAUUUUCUUCAUCCUCAAGAUCCCGAUGUUUCUUCGGCUGAGGCGAAUUGGAGAUCCGAAAUCGUCCCGGCAUAUACUGAGCUGGACCUUACCUUUGCGAGUGAUCGACUCCCCGCAAUUCAAGGCCUGGCUAACGCUGCUCAAAGGCUCAGAAGUAAUGAUGAGUAUGUUUCUGGUCUUUGGCGACAAACAAUGAAGGCAGACCUUUUGUGGCAUAAAAAUGCAGGCGAUGGUAAUAGUCACAGAAUUAAGGAUGGGGGUGCUCCAACUUGGUCGUGGGCAUCUGUCACUGGACCAAUUUACUAUUCAGACAGAAUCACACCCAGUGACUCGAAUUUGCAGAUUCUGGACAUCAUAGCCAGCGAGGAGAAACCUCCGAUGCUGGUUAUCCGUGGCCAUCUCGUCAAUGUGAAACUAGAUGAUCCUUAUAGCGACACUGUGUCUCUGGGCCCCGAUGACGACCUAAGAGUGGAAUGGGAUUGUGGCGGGGGUAAAACCAAGUCAAACAAAGUAUCCCGAUAUUUCUUGGUAUUUGAGGCAGAUGAUGGAGGGCCAUUUGGCCUAUUACUCAAUCUCAACCGAAACGAUCCAACGGAGCAGCAAUUUCGAAGAGUCGGAUAUGUCCACGGGCAUAGCAUCUCAAAGUGGCGUCGCUCGUGGGGUAGUGGUGGUUGGGCGUUUAGUCCGAGCGAGGCGUCUGACACCUCAGGUGGAAUUUGGGAGGAUGCCGGUAAGGAGGGGGCCAGAGAGUGGGUUGAUGAGAUAUUCAAGGGCGAACCUGUAACCUUCAGAUUGAUCUAGUGGUUACAAGCCAAUGCAAGAUCUGCAAUUCUCCUCAAUUGUUACAGGUCCGAUCUAGAUUGGUUUCUGCAACAGGACACUGGCUCCCAAGAACUGAAAGCUUUUUGGACAAAUACAGCCGUAUUGUGAGUGCUAAUGGGAAGAUAAUAUACACCAAAAUGGGUAGAGGAAUUCAUUUUGGCACAUGUGAAAAACGAGGCCUGUUUGUUGAGUUUCAGAAUUGGAGAAAAAAGAUCAGCU